AUGGCCGAAGAGCAGCCGUCCGGCGGCCGCAUCCACACCGUUGCCGGCCCUGGAGCUACCGAGGUCGACAUCGACCUCGACACGCUCGGUGAAGCCGAAGUCGCCGACGCCCUUACCGAUCUCCUCACCGACUACUCCGCCGAAUGCAAGGAAUGGACGCUGUUCGCCGGAGAGCACUGGCGUGCGGGACGGUUCGAGCGUGCUGAGCAGGUUCUGCUCAGUGGUAUCAAGUUCUUCGGCAGCGGCGGACAUGUCGACUCUGUUGCCCUCUCCAACUUGUACGCCAUGCUCGCGCAUCUGCAUCUCGCAUGGGCCAGGACGGCGCCGACGGUGGUGCUUUCCCAAGCCAAGAGCCACUACUCAGAGGCGACAGCCCACUUGAAUCGCGCGGAUGAGGCCAUGCGUAGCUCUGGAGCGAACCCGGAUGAGGAGCCCGUUUCGCUGUCGAUGGGCAAGAUCAUUCUCUAUUCGGCCCGCGGACAACAGGGAACGGCUGCGCCUCUGGUCGAGCGCUUACUCCAGCGCCAACCCGACAACCUCCCGGCUCUUGCUGCGCAGGCUCGACUUCAGUUUGCGCGUCGUGAAACGGGAGCUGCCCUCGUCACCUACCAGAAGAUCCUCGCCUUGAACCCCAACGCCCAGCCCGACCCCCGGAUAGGCAUCGGACUUUGUGCGUGGACGCUCGGCGACCGUGUCCGAGCGACGAUGGCUUGGGAUCGCGCCUUGGAACUUGACCCGUCGUCGUGGGCUGCUCGACUCAUGCUUGCGCUCGCCAACCUCAACAUGGCCCGCGAGCCGAACCACCCGAUGGACAAACGUUUGACGUACGAGUCCGAGGGUGUCUCGCAUGCUCAGAAUGCUUUCAAGCUCAACAACAAGAGCACUGCGGCUUCCCUCGUGCUCUCGGGUGUGGCUGCGCUCGGCGGACACAUCGAGCUUGCCUCCAAGCUCGCUGAGCGUGCCAUCCAGUACGCCGACAAUAAGCGUCAUGUGGUGAUGUCGAACUCGGAGCGAGGUCGACUCGGCUUCGUUGCCGGAGAUGUUGCCGACGCUGGUGUCUACAUCGCCGCUGCAAAGGGCGCGGACCAGCAGAACGUCAACAUGAUGGCCGAGUUGACCCUCGCCCAGAUCGCCAUCAAGAAUGGCAAUCUGCGAGAAGCUCUCAACUUUGUCGAGCAGACCGCGAAGCGUCUGAACGGCAAGCCUCCGCUCGAGUUCACCGUUCUCCACGCUUCUCUUCUGGCCUACCCGCAUCUGGGUAUGCCUGCGGAUGAGCUGGCGCGCAACCGUGUGACAGCCAGGGACAUGCUGUCUGGUAUUCAGGACCUUGUGUCCAAUGCCGACUCUGACGAGGACUGGGCAAAGCUGCGCGGAAUCGCGGCUGACAGUGACACUUUCGUUGAGCUCGCCAAGCUCUGGCAGGAGGAGAGCGUUGACAAGGCGAUCAACUCGUACCAGACGGCUAUCUCGAUCAAGGCGGACCUUGAGGAAGAGGACACGGCGACGCAGGAGACCAAGCCGGUCGACUACUCGGAGAUCAAGCUGAAGGCGAACCUGGCUGCGCUGUACGCGCUUCAGGGCCACACGGAGAACGCCGAGGCCAUGUUCCAGGAUGCGCUGUCAAAGCUGACCAAGGAGUCUGGACCGGAAGCGGACGCCAUGAAGACUGUCCUCGCAUACGACCUGGGACGGGCGUUCGAGCAGGGCGGUGACAUCGUCAACGCGCAGAAGUGGUACCGCGAUGUGCUGCACCAGCAUCCCGAACACAUGGAGUCGAAGGUCCGCCUCGCUCAUCUCGCUACCAUUGCUGGCCGCAAUGUCGAGGCGCACAACUACCUGAAGGAGUGUCUGCGUGCCGACGACUCAAACCUGACGCUGCGUUCGGUGUACACCAACUUCCUCAUCGGUAUCGGCUCGUUCAAGGAGGCGCUUAACUUUACGUCGCACACGCUCCGAUUGGACAAGACGGACCCGUACACGUUUACGGCGCUCGGAUGGCUGCACUACACGCUCGGCCGUGAAGCCAAGUCGCAGCAGGAUGUCGCCGAGCGACCAAAGCAGUACCUCCGCAGUGCCGAGGCGUACGAGCGCGCUCUUUCGCUCGACCCCACGAAUGCCGUCGCCGCGCAAGGCCUCGCGAUCGCCCUUGCCGAGAACACGCUCGUACCUAAGAACUUGCAGCCUGCUCCCGGUAGCGCCGAGGACGUCAAGACGCGAACACGACUUGCAGGCAACGCCCUCUCCGUUCUCGGUCGUAUCAAGGACUCUCUGCCCGAGGGUCCUGUGUCUGUGAACAUCGGCCACUGCUACUUCCUGCGUGGGGAGGAGCAGCGUGCCAUCGAGGCGUACGGAUCCGCUCUCAACAGCUACGGCGGACAUAACGUCUCGGUGCUCCUGUACCUCUGUCGUGCAUGGUUCACGUACGCGACGAAAGAGUCGAACGUGUCCGCGAUGUCGCAGGCGCUCUCAUAUGCGACGCAAGCUCUGCACAUCCAGCCCUCCGACCGAGCGAUCCUGUACAACAUCGGUCUCAUCCUUCAGAACGCGGCGACGAUCAUGCUCGACCUCGAGCCAUCGAAGCGCACAUUAGAGGAGCUGACGCACACGCUGAAGCGCGCCGAGGAGGCAGCGAGCAUCUUCCGCUCGCUGGCCGACGACAAGGCCGGCCCGCUGGCCUACGACCGUAACAUGGCGGACCAGCGUGCCAAGUUCCUGGACAGCAUUGUGUCGCGUGGCCAAGCCGAGGUGAAGAAGCAGGAGGCGUACGAGGCCGAGUUUGCCGCCCGAGUGGAGGAAGCGCGCCGCGUGCGAGCCGAGGAGCAGGCGCGGAUCGAGGCGCAGGCGGCGGCGCGCCAGGCCGAGAUCGACGCCCGUGCGGCGGAACUGGCGGAGGAGCGCCGGAAGGCGCGCGAGGAGGCGGCCGAGUGGCACGCGCAGCUGCAGGAGCAGAAGGCGGCGGACGAGCUGCGCAAGGCCGAGGCGAAGGAGGCCAAGAAGCGGCGGAAGGAGCGCGAGGCCGAGGAAGAAGGCGAGGAGGGCGGCGGGCGCAAGCGGCGCAAGUCGAAGAAGAAGCGUCGCGAGCGCGAGCAGUCCGAGAGUGAGCCCGAGCUCGAGCCCGCGCCCUCGGACGGAGAGGAGGACGAGGAGGCAGCCCAGGAGCGCCGGAAGCGCAACGCGCUCGCGGCGAUCAAGAAGAAGCGCGGCAAGGGGCGGGCGCGCCGCGAGGAUCCCGACGAUGAGGAGGACGCAGACACCGGAAGAGGAGGCAAGAAGUACAAGUCCAAGGCUAUCAUUGAGGACUCGGACGAGGAGAUGGACGAGCCCACGACUGCGCCUAGUCCGCCACAGGCUUCCAGCCCGCCGGCUAAUGGCGGCGGAAGCGAGGACGAGGCAGCGGCCAACGGACGUAGCGACGCCGGUAGCGACGGCGACGACAGCGAUUAG